AUGGUUGAGGUACCUGGCCAUGAGUCACCAGGCGAGGAGUCAUCAGGCGAGUCGUCAUCCGGCGAGUCGUCAUCCGGCGAUGAGUCAUCCGGCGAUGAGUCAUCCGGCGAUGAGUCAUCCGACGAGGAGUCAUCCGACGAGGAGGGGUCAUAUGACGAGGAUAGUAUUCCUCCUCCUGAUGUUGAUGCUGAUGUCGUGCCAGAGGCACAGGGUGGCGAGGAGGACCUGAUCCAGAGGUUGCCGCCGUUUCCGGGGGGGCCUGUUGAUCUGUCGCUUCUCACGCAUUAUGCUGAUCACAAGGCUCCCUGGACGUGGCAUGCACUCCUACGCACAGACGAGCGGUAUGUGGACCGUCGACACUUGAGGGUGGCCACAGCUGGGGGGAAGGUUUGGAACCUUGCUUGUGAUGGUGAUUCAGACAGUCACAGGAGGGUUCGAGAGUUGAUUGAGCAGACGGGUCUUCAUCAGCUACCCUGGUGCAGCUACUCGGAGACAGAUGCAGGCCUCAUUUUGGCCCUUGUGGAGCGAUGGCAUGAGGAGACUAGUAGCUUCCACAUGCCGUUUGGGGAGAUGACCAUCACCCUGGACGACGUGUCGGCUCUUCUCCAUCUCCCCAUGGGGUCGAGGUUCUAUACGCCUGGGAGGGGGGAGAGGGACGAGUGUGCAGCGCUAUGUGAUGAGUUGAUGGGAGGAUCUGUUGCUCGUUAUCAUGCUGAGUUUGAUAAGAACAGGAGCCAGACUAUUCGCUUUGGGGUCUUGCAGACCCUGUAUGAUGCUGCGUUGGAGGAGCACCGAUAUGAGGACGCUGCACGGAUUUGGCUGGUGAACCAGCUAGGCGCGACGCUCUUUGCUAGCAAGAGCGGUGGAUACCACACGACCGUCUACUAGAUAGGUAUGUUGCAGG